AUGGAUAGGUAUCUACAUACCAAUGUUCAAAUUAUUAUGACUACAAAAGAUGCCGAAUUUUUAGAUAAAAAUAACUCACCAGAGAAGUCUGAAGAGAAGGGAGUUAAUUUUAUAGGGCCUUCUUCUGUAUAUCCAGAGAAAAGGCCACGAUAUUUAACUGCUAAGUAUGAUAAGAAAACGCGACAGCGAAUUGGGGAGCGUCUUAAAGUUGAAAAUUUUAUUUUCGAACAAUUACGAAUAUUAUAUCAGACAGAGACUGACGAAUAUGAUUGUAAUUUAGACCUAGAGGACAUUUUAGCUAUUGAUACUGAUGAAGAAAGACAACGCAUGAUAGAGGUUAGCUAUAGUUUUGCUUUACACAUAAUAGGAGCAAUUAUCAAAUGCACCUUGUGA